AUGUGGUUCGCUAACUUACUCGUUCCCCUAUUCCUGCCAUAUCUUUUGUAUGCUAAACGACAAGAAUCAUGUGAAGUAUGUGAGAAAGUUUUACGUGAUGUGAUGAACAGUAUGACAGUGAGUGAUCGUAAUGAUGCAGGCAGAAUCGAUGAAGCACUGAGAGAACACUGUGGUGGAAUAAAAGGGAAAGAGAACAAAUUUUGUUUUUAUGUUGGUGCUUUGCCUGAAUCCGCUACUUCUAUUAUGAAUGAUGUAGUGAAGCCAUUAUCUUGGUCUAUGCCAGUGGAAAAAGUUUGCGAAAAGUUGCGUACAAUGGAUUCACAGAUAUGCGAAUUGAAAUUCGACAAGGAUAUUGAUUGGGAAACGGUGGAUCUUAAGAAACUAAGAGUUAAAGAACUGAAGAAAAUUCUUGAGGAUUGGGACGAGGAUUGCAAGGGAUGCACCGAAAAAUCGGAAUACAUAGCUAAGAUUGUAGAAUUGAAGUCAAAAUAUGUGAAGAGUGAACUGUGA